AUGAUUGGUAUAUUGAGCAAGGAAGAGAUUGAGAGAUGUCGAUCGUUGAUACCAAAGGAACAGACACUGCUGUCAUGUCUCUCGAUGCUGUUGCUCACCAACACAGACACGAUGUCACAUUCAAAGCGUACUAUAAGGACUUACAAUCCUAACCAUGUGGCGUUUCUGUUGACUGAUCUAGAGUUGUUUGUAAUUGGGUUGGGUCCAAUCGCACCGGGCUCAUCCGUCAACAUACACGCUAGAUGCAAGCUGUGCGACGUGUGCACCGUGCAGACAGGUUAUCUACACUCGUCGUCGUCGCUCAAGGACACCAGUCCAACGAGCGAUGGCGUUCAUAUUAGCGAUCGCAAGACAUCCUCCAAUCAGUACGCGAUGAAGAUCACACCCAAAUCCAGGAGCACGAUGACACUGAUGUCGGCGUCACCAGUCGACACCCUGGAGCUACAGAAGGAACGCAUACUCAAGAUUGCCUCCACACUCAACACAUUGGUGCGCGAGGCCAUCAUCAAGCACAAGGUCGAGGAGAAGCUGGACGUGGCUGAGAAGGUCACUAUAUCCAAUGUAUAUUAUAAAUGCGGUGAUUUACUUAUUGAAGGCGACAUCCAUUUAAACCUUCAGAAGAUAUCUUUUGUACAGAAGCAUGCCAGAGACUUGAAUCUCAAUCUGCUCAGACUCAGUCCGACUGAGAACUACAGCUUCUCAAUCGACACCAUCACAGUGUAUGAGUGCAAGCAGUCCGAACUGAAGUUGGUCCAUGAUCACUCGUCUGUCAUCAUCUCAGCGCAAGGCAAGACACCAGAAGGCAAUACCCAUCAUCUGUUUUGCUUUAAGAAGUCAGAGAUUAUCACUGAGAGUCAGGACAUUGUUGAUCAAGUUGUAAUGGCUUCACUACACCAUUCCAGUGGCAAUCAUGGUGAACCAUCAAAGUCGUUCACCUAUCACUCAGAGAGCAGCGACUCCUCUUCCUAUCUACAGGAGCAGGACUUUGUGUUGGUGGACGACCCAGACAUCUUAAAGGAGGAGGCUCCAAUGGCAGAGGAGGAAGAGGACAUCAGUCUCACAUCGGAAAGCUAUCGAACAGUGCUCGAUGACAAGCCAACCCAUCACCCUUACAAGAACAACUUUAAGGUCAAGUCUGACAUUAUGUCAGAGACCGAGAUGCUCUGGGUACAGAGCCAUCUACCUCUACGGCACAACGACGAUCCAUUGGAACUGGUAUAUAGUACGAACAAGAAUGGCAUCAGCAUACGAACCUUUUUCUCAAGACUGGCGAAUAGAUCUCCUUGUAUAAUGGUGAUCAGAGAUGAUAGAGGACAUGUCUUUGGAGCAUUCACAUCAGAUCCUUGGAACACAGAGAAGACUAUCCACUAUGGAAGUGGAGAGACCUUCCUAUUCAAGAUGAGGCCCGAGAUGAAGAAGUACCCUUGGUCCAGAAUCAAUGACGACUUUAUGUUGUCGACAAAGGAGGAAUUCAUCUCGUUGGGCAGUGGCGGCAAGGGUGUUGGACUAUGGAUCGACGACGACCUACUCUACGGCUCGACCAACCGAUGCGAUACCUUUAACAACGAGACACUGUCAUACAACACAGACUUCAAGGUGAUCGAGAUGGAGGUCUGGUCACCAGAGACCACCAAGAAGCCCAAAGCUGGCACAAUGAUGAACGCCACCGAACUAUUUGGCACAACAUUUACUUACAAGCCGCCAACCAGGAGCUUCAAUCCCUACGCCUGA